AAAAUACCCUCUAUCACUACAAAAAUCACUUCCAUGUCCCAUCUCUUUUUUGGUAUCCCUCAAAUUAACCGAGAAGACGGACACUACUAUUCGAGGCACAGAUCUAAUAGGGAACUGAAGAAGCCUCUCUCUCUCUAUCUCUCUCUCUCGUUAUCUCUUCCUCUUCUCCCCGAUCUGCCUUUAAUUGUUUAUUUACCUGAAAUUUAUAUUAGUUUUUCAUUGCCCUUUCUCACGAAUCUAAUAGCGUUUGGUGAUUGAUUGUAGAUGUGAUUGGGUUCCUCUUCUUCAUCUCAUCAGAUCCACGGUUGUUCUGGUUGAUUAGAAAAGAUGUUGACGAAGUUCGAGACGAAGAGUAAUAGAGUGAAGGGACUGAGUUUCCACAGUAAGAGACCGUGGAUCCUUGCGAGUCUUCAUAGUGGCGUGAUCCAGCUAUGGGACUACCGAAUGGGCACAUUAAUUGAUAGGUUUGAUGAGCACGACGGUCCUGUUCGCGGAGUCCAUUUCCACAAAUCUCAGCCUCUAUUUGUGUCUGGAGGUGAUGAUUACAAGAUUAAAGUUUGGAACUACAAAAUGCAUAGGUGUCUGUUUACACUUCUUGGACACCUUGAUUACAUUCGCACUGUUCAGUUUCAUCAUGAGUACCCAUGGAUUGUGAGUGCCAGUGACGAUCAGACAAUCCGUAUUUGGAACUGGCAGUCACGCACUUGCAUUUCUGUGUUGACGGGCCACAAUCAUUAUGUCAUGUGUGCAUCAUUCCAUCCUAAAGAAGACCUUGUUGUUUCGGCCUCUCUAGAUCAGACUGUCCGUGUUUGGGAUAUUGGUGCCCUAAGAAAGAAAACAGUGUCCCCUGCUGAUGACAUUCUGCGGUUGAGUCAAAUGAAUACAGAUCUUUUUGGUGGGGUUGAUGCUGUUGUUAAGUAUGUCUUGGAAGGUCAUGAUCGAGGAGUGAACUGGGCUGCAUUCCACCCCAACCUUCCCUUGAUUGUCUCAGGAGCAGAUGAUCGUCAGGUGAAAUUGUGGCGUAUGAACGACACGAAGGCCUGGGAAGUGGACACUUUGAGAGGACACAUGAAUAAUGUGUCAUGUGUUAUGUUCCAUGCUAAACAGGAUAUCAUUGUUUCAAAUUCAGAGGAUAAAAGCAUUCGUGUUUGGGAUGUAACUAAACGAACAGGAGUUCAGACUUUUCGUCGAGAGCAUGACCGUUUCUGGAUUCUUGCAUCUCACCCUGAAAUGAAUCUCCUUGCUGCAGGUCAUGACAGUGGCAUGAUUGUUUUUAAAUUAGAGAGAGAACGGCCUGCCUUUGCAGUGAGUGGUGAUUCUUUGUUCUAUGCCAAAGAUCGCUUUUUGCGGUUCUUUGAGUUUUCAACACAAAGAGAAACCCAAGUGAUUCCCAUCCGGCGACCUGGUACCACCAGCCUGAAUCAAAGUCCAAGGACACUAUCUUACAGUCCUACAGAGAAUGCUGUUCUUAUUUGCUCAGAUGUGGAUGGUGGAUCUUAUGAGCUGUAUGUCAUACCUAAAGACAGCAUUGGUCGGGGUGAUACUGUGCAGGAGGCAAAGAGGGGUGCUGGGGUAUCAGCCAUUUUUGUGGCUCGUAAUAGAUUUGCUGUGCUUGACAAAAGUAGCAAUCAAGUCUUGGUCAAAAACCUGAAGAAUGAAGUUGUUAAAAAAAGUGGUCUUCCCAUUGCUACUGAUGCAAUAUUCUAUGCUGGGACAGGUAACUUGCUUUGCAGAGCAGAGGAUAGAGUAGUCAUAUUUGAUCUCCAGCAAAGGCUUGUUCUUGGGGAUCUUCAAACACCUUUUGUCAAAUAUGUUGUUUGGUCUAAUGACAUGGAGAGUAUUGCCUUGCUCAGCAAACAUGCCAUCAUCAUUGCUAGCAAGAAGCUUGUGCACCAGUGCACUCUUCAUGAGACAAUUCGUGUAAAGAGUGGAGCCUGGGAUGAUAAUGGUGUUUUUAUUUAUACAACUUUAAAUCAUAUAAAAUACUGCCUUCCUAAUGGGGAUAGUGGCAUAAUCAGAACUCUUGAUGUCCCAAUAUACAUUACCAAGGUUUCUGGAAAUACCAUAUUUUGCUUGGAUCGGGAUGGGAAAAAUAGAACUAUUGUCAUUGAUGCAACAGAAUAUAUCUUUAAACUCUCCCUUUUGAGGAAGAGAUAUGACAAUGUUAUGAGCAUGAUUAGGAACUCUCAGCUUUGUGGGCAGGCAAUGAUUGCGUAUUUGCAACAGAAGGGUUUUCCUGAAGUUGCUUUGCAUUUUGUGAAGGAUGAGAGAACUCGAUUUAAUUUGGCCCUUGAGAGUGGAAAUAUUCAGAUUGCUGUUGCUUCAGCAAAGGAAAUUGAUGAGAAAGAUCAUUGGUAUAGAUUGGGGGUGGAAGCGCUUCGCCAAGGUAAUGCUGGUAUCGUUGAGUAUGCCUACCAGAGGACUAAAAAUUUUGAGAGGUUAUCUUUCCUUUAUCUAAUAACUGGGAAUCUGGAAAAGCUUUCCAAGAUGCUGAAAAUUGCUGAGGUUAAGAAUGAUGUCAUGGGUCAAUUUCACAAUGCCCUGUAUUUGGGUGAUGUUCAAGAGCGUGUCAAGAUCUUAGAGAAUGCUGGUCAUUUACCACUCGCUUAUAUAACUGCUAAAGUCCAUGGGUUAGAGAAUCUUGCUGAACGUUUGGCUGCUGAAUUAGGAGAUAAUGUUCCAUCCGUUCCAGAGGAUAAAGUGCCCUCCCUUCUGAUGCCUCCAGCUCCCGUUAUGUGUGGUAGUGACUGGCCCCUUCUAAGAGUCAUGAAAGGUAUUUUUGAAGGUGGACUGGAUAAUAUGGGCAGAGGUGGUGCUGAAGAAGAUGAAGAGGUUGGGGAAGGCGAUUGGGUUAAUGAACUGGAAAUGGUUGUUGAGGAUGGCUCACAAAAUGGGGAUGUUACAGCAAUUUUGGAGGAUGGGGAAGGGGCUGAAGAAAAUGACGAGGGAGGAUGGGACCUUGAAGACCUGGAGCUUCCCCCUGAGGCAGACACACCUAGGGCUUCUGUCAUUGCUCGCUCUUCAGUUUUUGUGGCACCAACUCCUGGUAUGCCUGUAAGCCAGAUUUGGAUCCAGAGAUCAUCACUAGCUGCUGAACAUGCUGCAGCUGGCAAUUUUGAUACUGCUAUGCGAUUGCUCAACAGGCAACUUGGAAUUCGAAACUUCAUCCCUUUGAGAUCCAUGUUUCUUGAUCUUCAUUCCGGUAGCCAUUCCUAUUUGCGUGCAUUUUCAUCUACUCCUGUGAUAUCACUAGCUGUUGAACGAGGAUGGAAUGAGUCUGCCAGCCCUAAUGUGAGGAGUCCUCCAGCAUUGGUGUUCAAUUUCUCACAGUUGGAGGAGAAGCUCAAGGCUGGUUACAAAGCCACAACAACAGGGAAAUUCACAGAGGCACUUAGACUCUUUCUCAGCAUCCUUCACACAAUUCCCUUAAUUGUUGUUGAAUCAAGGAGAGAGGUUGAUGAAGUCAAGGAAUUGAUUGUUAUAGUCAAAGAAUAUGUGCUGGGUCUGCAGAUGGAGCUUAAAAGGAGGGAAAUGAAAGAUAAUCCAGUCCGCCAACAGGAGCUAGCUGCCUACUUCACCCACUGCAACCUUCAAAUGCCUCAUUUAAGGCUUGCUUUGCUAAAUGCAAUGACUGUAUGCUUCAAAGCAAAGAACCUUGCUACUGCAGCUAACUUUGCCAGGCGGCUGUUGGAGACAAACCCCACACUUGAGAACCAGGCAAAGACUGCCAGGCAAGUGUUGCAGGCUGCAGAAAGGAAUAUUACAGAUGCCUCUGAGCUGAAUUAUGAUUUCAGAAACCCAUUUGUGACAUGUGGUGCAACGUAUGUUCCAAUUUACCGAGGACAAAAGGAUGUCUCUUGCCCAUACUGUAGUUCACGAUUUGUGCCAAGCCAAGAAGGGAAGCUGUGUACUGUUUGCGAUCUUGCAGUUGUUGGGGCAGAUGCUUCAGGUUUGCUUUGUUCUCCUUCCCAGAUACGAUGAUUGAGGUGCUGAAGUGAGAGGAUUUUUCAAUUAUUUUUCAGCUCAUCUUACUAGCAGCAGUGGUCAUCUUGAUUGUUUCACUGCGGGGAAAAAAAAGGUAAGAUAAUAUAGAAGAGUUAAGUGCCCUGUGAAUUUGCUUGUGCUGUCUCCUUUUAUUUGCUUUCUUCUCUAAAUCUUCUUUACCUCUUUUUACUUAGUUGAUUAUGAUUUUCAUUGUAAUAAACAACAUGAGAAUUUUGACUUGGGUUUUUCUUGUUACCUGUCAAUAGACAAGAAUGGUCAACGACUCUUGUUAAAUUAGAUAAUCUUUAUAGGCAGGACAAAUUACAUAUCAGUGUAUGCAGAUGCCAUGCCGUUUGGCAAAUUUGAUUUGCUUAUUUGUGAUGAAUUAGAGUUUCUACUGGUUGGCAGUGAAA